UGAUUACUUGACAAUUUAGAACUUCACACAAUCAGUACGCUCAUGGGGUUUACUUGACAUCCCCGCAAUCUCUUUGAGAAAAAAAUAUCCAAUCUUCCUUUCAACAACUUUUUCUUCCGCACCUUUCACUUUUGCAUGCUCGUUACCAACCAAGCAAAACCUUUGAUCUCUACUCUACUUUCAAACUUCACUCCAAUUACCCGAAUUCACUUUCUACUUUACUUCCAACUUAACUUUUCCACUAACCGAACUCAUUUUCCACAUUACCUUUAAGUUUCUCUCCAACUGAACGAACUUAUUUUCUACUUUAUUUUCAACUUCUUUUCCACGAUCGGAAUUCAUUUUCCACAUUACUUAUAAACAUCUCUCCACCUAACCAAAUUUCUCUCCCACUAUCCGAAACCAUUUUCCACCUUACUUCUAACACCUCUUCUACCAUUUGAACUUAUUUUUUACUUCUUGUGCCAAAUUUCUAUAUUCGGAAUUCGCACUCGAAGUAUUAAAUAUUCAAUAAUCAAUAUCGAACAUUACAAAUUUCUAGUUACUAGAAUUACACCCAUUACCUCUUUACUAUGGCUACCGCCGAACCUAUUUCGUCGUCAGCUUUGGUGACAACUUCCAACAAGACUAUCCGUCCCUCUCCUCCGCCCCCGUCGAAGCGCGAUAAGAAGCGACAGGCCUUGAACGAUCGCCUAGCUGGUAUGCAAGACCAGUACAGUCGCGAUAAGGACAAACAUUACAGAGACGAGCUCCAUAAAAUCCAAAUCGACGUCAACCUUGUCGCCCGAGUCGAUCCUUAUGCCGAACGUCCUCUAGAUGUAAUCGACCGCGAAUAUCGAGACAUUCUACAGUCCGCAAAGGCGCAACUGAGUGCGAAUGCCAGCAGCAAUGGAAGUCCUAAGAGGAGCCUCCUUGAGAUGGCGGGCCCUACAUUCUCCGAAUGGGUUUACCAGGUAGAAGAUCUUGUCGAACACCGCGACUAUGAGAUGACCUGUCAGAAGAUGGAGUAUGAGAGAAAGACCAGCGAACACGAGAAGGUCCGCGCCUACAAGCUUGAAGUAGCUAAGCGAGAACACCAAACUCUAUCGAACACUCUCCGAGAUCGCCUUAGUAACGCUAUCUCGGGAAAGAAGUUCCGAUUAGGCAAGGAGAAAGAGGCCUUAGACAUCUCAGACGGCUCGGCUCUUCUACUACACCCUAACCAAUUCAGCCUUACCAACCCUGCGAGCCCUGGCGGAACGCAUGGCAAACGAAAUACUCGACAGCGAAGAGAGAUGGAUGAAAUGCCAGGUUUCUCCGAGAACAAGAAGAGAAAGAGAAAUGGUGCAGAUGACGAAGGCUCUCCUGCUCCCAAGAGAGGUGCUUUGGACAGCUCUAAUACCACGCCGUUCUGGUCAAGCGAUAGACUUCGAAGUGGAAGCGGGGGCACCUUACGCAAGGAGUCAGGCCCGAUCUAUAGUGUAGAUAAGCUUUUCACUGACAAGGAGUUGGCUAUGACCUACAACGUCUCUGCAUUGGCAGCUCACAAGCACAUGGUCCGCCGUGACACAAACGGCAACAUCAUUACCCCCGAUGAGAACGGCCUCGGCAACGGAGAGAUCAACGACGAUGAGGACCCAUCCGCAGUUACGAUGGAACGACAGCCGUCUCAUACUACCCGAAGUACUCGAGGUGGGCAUGGCCAACAAAACUUCUAUGACGAUCAAUUACUAGGAAUAGAAGGAUUAGCCAACUUCGAGAUUCCGGGUAACCUCGACAAGAUGGGUACAUUAGAGCCUAAGCUACCCCCUCUAACCCACGCCCAGUACUCGAAGGCCUACCGGCGAGACGACUCUAACACUCCGCAACCCCUAAGUGACACCGAUCGAGAUAGAGACUUGUCGGCUAUGAAGCUGCUUAGGGCGUAUCAGACGAAGCAUGGUGUGGGAGCCAACCUCAACGUUAACAACGGAGGGCGCCGACUUCUUGAAGCUAUGACAGCUCCAUUGCACAAUUCUAAGUACGUGGCUUAUAUUCAGGGCCAACGACCUUCCGCCGAAGCAAUGUCAGAAUCUUUGGGCAUACAGGAGAGUGAUCUGAGAGAUGACUCAAAUGCUAGGCCGAACAACACGGGAAAUACUACAGAGGCCAAAGACUCUCCUGCGGAGGCGAGGGAUUCCGCCGCUGGCGUGGCGAUGAGCAGACAGAGCAGUCUUGGUGGUGCUGCGAUGAGUCGCUCGGGAAGCGCUCGUAGUAAACGAAAGACAUGAUGGAAGCGACAUCUGGUAUACAGAGACGGUUUAAGGGAAAUGUUCCUGGAACGAGCGAGCGAUGAUGCAAGUGCCACGAAA